CCCUCGCCUCCUUUCCUUCGCCUCGUCGCCUCUCCGUCGAGUUUCGCUACGAAAAUUCUCUGAAGAAAUUUGCUCCGGUGAAAAUGGGGGCGGAUUCAAACUCAGCCGGGCAUGCUCCAGUAGCUACCAUGCCGGACGACGUGGAUGCCUUACUUGAUGCUGCGAGAUACGGUGACAUGGAGGACGUCACGAGCUUAGCCACCGCCGGUGUUCCUCUAGAUUCGAGGGACGAGCAAGGCCGUACAGCUCUUCACAUGGCCGCGGCCAAUGGGCACCUCAACAUUGUGGAUUAUCUCAUCGGUAAAGGAGUGGAUGUUAAUACUGCUAAUGCAGAGAAGAAUACUCCUCUUCAUUGGGCUUGUCUCAAUGGUCAUGUUCAGGUGGUUCAUAACUUGAUUGUGGCCGGAGCAGAUGCAAGCUUGUUGAACAGCCACGAGCGGACGCCCAUUGAUGAGGCAGUGGGUAGGGGGAAAUUGGAUGUGGUUGAUGCGAUCAAUGCUGCUGCAGCGCAAGUUGAACUAAGUGGCACGAGCAUGUCCUGAUGGAGAGGUGAUUGGGAUGAUAUGCAGGUAGCUGUCUCGAUUUUCUGCUGUCUUUAUGGGAGAGAUGCUAGGCUUAUGUGAUGAGAGAGUUUAGUGAUAUAACGUGGCGGUUCUUGUAGUCUAUUGUCAAUGCCUCAAUUUUGCGAUGUCAUGAGCUAUAAGAUAUUCAUCGAAUAUGAAAAGCGGCCCAAUGUUGCCGACUGCAA